GAUUGCCUGGCUAUAAGUGUACCAGGUCCUAUUCCGCAGACGUCUCUGUCGUAAUUUCGCUCGUCGCACGCGAAAAGGAUCAAAGAUGACGAUGGCGAAGACUCACUUAACCAUACACACGUCCACUCUGUUCGACUCGAGGAAGAAACAGUUCGUGUCUGAUAUCUCGGUCGAGGUGGACCCUACCACGGGACUUAUAUCCAGGACGUAUCAGCGUAGCCAGCCAUUGCCUCACCACGGUGUCUCCGAUUCGACGACCAUAGACCUUCGCGGCUUGACGGUUAUCCCGGGGCUCGUCGACGCUCACACGCACAUAUUCCUACAUGGAUACUCUGAAACUCCAUCACUAAAUCAGAUGCGCGAUGAAAGUCUUGUCGAAAGAGUUGUGCGAGCGACCAACCACGCAAGAGCUGCGCUAAUGGCAGGCUUCACGACGUAUCGCGACCUUGGUACAGAGGGAUUGCGUGACGCAGAUGUUCAAUUUCGAGACACUAUUAAUCGCGGCAUCAUCCCCGGGCCCCGUAUGUUCGUCACAACUGAAUGCAUCGCUUCCAGCGGGGGCUAUGAAAUUAGGCACGAGAAUAGGCUACCUGGCGUAGGCAAUGCCGUCGUCAGGAUUUCCGACCCAGCCGAUGGCAUCUACGGGGUUCGAGCCGCUGUUCGUCGACGAAUUGGUGCCGGAGCAGAUAUCAUAAAAUUCUAUGCAGAUUAUGAGAAGCGCAGACUCCGUUUCCCGGCUCCUGCUUGGCCGGGGGCGAGGGCAGUUGCGUUUCCGCCGUCUGGGGAAGUAUUCCUGGGCGGUGAGAAUCCUGUAUUUCCCUUGUUUACUCAGGAGGAGAUGGAUGCGAUGGUAGCGGAGGCGAGGGUGAGCAGAGCGCCGAUAGUGGCUCAUGCUGAAAGCCCAGAAGCAGUCAUCAUGGCUGCGAAGGCUGGUGUGACAUCCAUCGAGCAUGGCGGUAUACCUGAUGAGGCGGCUCUGGAAGCAAUGAGAGAAAACAAAACAAUAUUUGUUCCUACUCUCGCAGUGUAUGACGAGGAAAUACGACGGCAAAGCAAUUAUUCAGAAAGUGCCAAGAGAGCAUAUCAAGAGAUCGCUACUUACACGAAGGCAGCGUACGACAAGGGAGUCAAACUUGCUUGCGGUGGUGAUGUAGGAUCUUUUCCCCACGGAGAAAACAUACGAGAAUUUGAGUUCAUGCUCGACGCCGGUAUCCCUCUCCUAGAUGUUUUGCAGGCUGCGACUUUACAUGGCUGGGAAGCUUGCGGAGGCGAUCUCUGCGGUAGGAGAUUCGGUUCCAUCGAGGAAGGUUAUGCAGCAGAUAUCGUCGCCCUCGAUGGCGAUUUGGCUCGGGAUGUGAGUGCUAUCAAGCGCGUCAAUUUUGUGAUGAAAGACGGCCGAGUCUACAAAGAUAGCCGACAAGAGCCCAUCUCUUGACAACGAAUGACGGGCAACCUUAAAUUAUCUAUUGAACUGCACGGUGCAAAUGCAGCCACCUACUAAGUGUAUCUCUACAUAGUUUCAGUGACUGAAAUGUAAAAACAGAAACCUGGGCGUUGCGCCUCGACGUUAGCUCUCGCUUGCUCUCUCUCCCUUUUUCGUUUAUACCUUUGAUGUGAAGCUACUUGAAGGAGCCGACGCC